CCCGAGUGGCCGCCGUGCCCGGGAGCCCGGCCCGGCCCCGCCCGCUGGGGCCCCCUCGGGCCCAGGCCUCCGGGAGGGGGGCGGGGACGCCCAACUUGGGGCGCGGCACAGACCCGCUCUCCCGAGAUCGCGGAGCCCGGGAGAGCCACGGCUGCGGCCAGACGGCGGGAGAGGAACGUGGAGACAGGAGGCGGCCGGCGGCUUCCGAGCUGCUGCCCGGGCCUCCGCAAGAGCGCGAAUUAUUUUCAAAGGACUCAAACUUUCCUCCUUCCCCUGCUGGCUGCGGUCCCUCUUGCUUUGGAAUCGUUCUCCGGAUUCCCGCGGGGGCGCCGGGACGCGAUCGCCUCCUCCGGAUUCCUCGGCGGCAGCUCGGCUAACUUCGUGGACCCGGGGACCCGGAGCGCUCGCCCUGCGGCCGAAUUCAGUCCUCGCUGCUCCUGCGGUCGACAGGACCGGGACCUGGGGCGUCCUCGCCUCCAGGAAGGGCGCCUAGCCCCGCUCCCUUGGGUCGGGCCGCCGAGCCCUCCGCACCCACUGCAGGACUGGAGCCAGCGGAUUAACCUGGCUCCACCAAGGGAACAAGUUUGUCAGGCAUCGGUGGCCUGUUGGAUCGGAGCUCGGCCGCCGCAACAGAGAGUACCCCCGCGGUCGGCACCCUCGGCAGACAGCCUUGGAGACCCGGGGCUGCUAGGUGGCCGAGCUUUCUGGGGCAGGGAGCUGGCUGCUGCGCCCGGUGCGUAGAAGCACCAGGGUCUCGGCCAGCGCCCCCUGUACCCCCACCUCCGCAGCUGCCCCGUGGGAAGAGGACAGAGCCGAGUCGCCGCCUGCUCAGACUCUUGCUCUCGGUCGCCACGCUCUCUGUCGCGUCUCAGCAAAAAGGAGGGAAGGCAGAGGGCAUCGCGGUGCCCCGGCGGAUGCGCCCCCCGCCGCCUCUCAGGCUGCGCCGCCUCGCGGGGAUGAAGCACUGGCCGUGAAGAUGGAGGUGACCUGCCUUCUACUUCUGGCGCUGAUCCCCCUCCACUGUCGGGGACAAGGAGUCUACGCUCCAGCCCAGGCCCAGAUUGUGCACGCGGGGCAGGCCUGUGUGGUAAAGGAGGACAACAUUAGCGAGAGAGUCUACACCAUCCGGGAGAGCGACACCCUGGUGCUGCAGUGCCUGGUCUCUGGGCACCCUCGGCCCCAGGUGCGGUGGACCAAGACGGCUGGCAGCGCAUCCGACAAGUUCCAGGAGACAUCGGUGUUCAACGAGACGCUGCGGAUCGAGCGCAUCGCCCGCACGCAGGGCGGCCGCUACUACUGCAAGGCGGAGAACGGCGUGGGCGUGCCGGCCAUCAAGUCCAUCCGUGUGGAUGUGCAGUACUUGGAUGAGCCCGUGCUGACGGUGCACCAGACAGUGAGCGACGUCCGCGGCAACUUCUACCAGGAGAAGACGGUGUUUCUGCGCUGCACUGUCAGCUCCAACCCCCCUGCCCGCUUCAUCUGGAAGAGGGGCUCUGACACCCUGUCCCACAGCCAGGACAAUGGGGUUGACAUCUACGAGCCUCUCUACACUCAGGGGGAGACAAAGGUCUUGAAGCUGAAGAACCUGCGACCCCAAGACUAUGCCAGCUACACCUGCCAGGUGUCCGUGCGAAACGUGUGUGGCAUCCCAGAUAAGGCUAUCACCUUCCGGCUCACCAACACCACAGCACCACCAGCCUUGAAGCUGUCUGUGAACGAAACUCUGGUGGUGAACCCUGGCGAGAAUGUGACAGUGCGGUGUCUGCUGACAGGCGGCGAUCCCCUCCCCCAGCUGCACUGGUCCCACGGACCUGGCCCACUGCCCCUGGGCGCUCUGGCUCAGGGUGGCACCCUUAGCAUCCCUUCAGUACAGGCCCGGGACUCCGGCUACUACAACUGCACAGCCACCAACAAUGUAGGCAACCCAGCCAAGAAGACGGUCAACCUGCUGGUGCGAUCCUUGAAGAAUGCCACCUUCCAGAUCACCCCCGAUGUGAUCAAAGAGAGCGAGAACAUUCAACUCGGCCAGGACCUGAAACUAUCAUGCCACGUGGAUGCGGUGCCCCAGGAGAAGGUGACCUACCAGUGGUUCAAAAAUGGCAAGCCAGCACGCAUGUCCAAGCGGCUGCUGGUGACCCGCAACGACCCCGAGUUGCCUGCCAUCACCAGCAGCCUGGAGCUCAUUGACCUGCACUUCAGCGACUACGGCACCUAUCUGUGCGUGGCUUCCUUCCAGGGAUCACCGGUGCCUGACCUCAGCAUUGAGGUCAACAUCUCCUCUGAGACAGUGCCGCCCACCAUCAGUGUGCCCAAGGGCCGUGGGGUGGUGACCGUGCGCGAGGGCUCUCCUGCCGAGCUCCAGUGCGAGGUGCGGGGCAAGCCCAGGCCACCGGUGUUGUGGUCUCGCGUGGACAAGGAGGCCGCCCUGCUGCCCUCGGGGCUGGCCCUGGAAGAGACCCCGGACGGGAAACUGCGGCUGGAGCGCGUGAGCCGCGACAUGAGUGGCACCUACCGCUGCCAGACGGCUCGCUACAAUGGCUUCAACGUACGACCCCGGGAGGCUCAGGUGCAGCUGACAGUGCACUUCCCACCAGAGGUGGAGCCCAGUUCCCAGGACGUGCGCCAGGCGCUGGGCCGUCCGGUGCUCCUGCGCUGCUCGCUCCUGCGCGGCAGCCCCCAGCGCAUCGCCUCGGCCGUGUGGCGCUUCAAAGGACAGCUGCUGCCCCCUCCACCUGUUGUCCCCGCCGCCACCGAGGCCACCGAUCACGCCGACCUGCGCCUGGACACCCUGACCCGUGACAGCAGCGGCAGCUACGAGUGCAGUGUUUCCAACGACGUGGGCUCAGCCACCUGCCUCUUCCAGGUCUCCGCCAAAGCCUACAGCCCGGAGUUUUACUUCGACACCCCCAACCCCACCCGCAGCCACAAGCUGUCCAAGAACUACUCCUACGUGCUCCAGUGGACGCAGAGGGAGCCAGACGCCGUGGAUCCCGUGCUCAACUACAGACUCAGUAUCCGCCAGUUGAAUCAACACAAUGCCAUAGUCAAGGCCAUCCCUGUGCGGCGUGUGGAGAAGGGGCAGCUGCUGGAGUACAUCCUGACUGACCUGCGUGUGCCCCACAGCUAUGAGAUCCGCCUCACACCCUACACCACCUUCGGGGCUGGUGACAUGGCUUCCCGAAUCAUCCACUACACAGAGCCCAUCAACUCGCCCAACCUAUCAGACAACACCUGUCACUUCGAGGAUGAGAAGAUCUGCGGGUACACCCAGGAUCUGACGGACAACUUUGACUGGACACGGCAGAACGCUCUUACCCAGAACCCCAAGCGCUCUCCCAAUACUGGUCCCCCUACUGACAUCAGUGGCACCCCUGAAGGCUAUUACAUGUUCAUUGAGACAUCCAGACCCCGGGAGCUGGGGGACCGUGCGAGGUUGGUGAGUCCCCUGUACAACGCCAGCGCCAAGUUCUACUGUGUCUCCUUCUUCUACCACAUGUAUGGGAAACACAUCGGCUCCCUCAAUCUUCUGGUGCGGUCCAGGAACAAAGGCGCUCUGGAUACACAUGCCUGGUCCCUCAGCGGCAACAAGGGCAAUGCGUGGCAGCAGGCCCAUGUGCCCAUCAACCCCAGUGGGCCCUUCCAGAUUAUUUUUGAGGGGGUUCGAGGCUCGGGCUACCUGGGGGAUAUUGCCAUAGAUGAUGUCACACUGAAGAAGGGAGAGUGUCCCCGGAGACAGAUGGAUCCCAACAAAGUGGUGGUGAUGCCAGGCAGCAGAGCCGCCCGCCUGCCCAGCCCGCAGCUUUGGACGUCCGUGACCAUCUUCCUCCUGGCGUUGCAGAGAUGAUGAGGGCUGUGUGGUCCCCCCACCCCACCCCGCCCCCGGCACACCAAAGUGUCCCACAUCGUACCAAAGACUGACUCCUGCCAGCCGGGGUGCCCAGGGGCGGGGCCGGCCCGCCCCACCAGGGAGGGGGCCUUCAUUGGCUGCAAGAAUGGGCGAGGAACACGGACAGAGGCCAGGCCAGGCUCUGAUGGUUGUUCAACACACGCACACACGCACACACUCGCACACUCACACACACAGAUAUAUUAAAGCACAAGUUUCUAUCCAACCUGCCAGCACCUUCUUUACUAUGGAGACAAGGGAUUCACCCGAAUGGCGUCCCCUCCUCCAAGGACCUCGGUGCCACACUGGUCUCAUCUUGGCUGCGCUGCACUGUUUCUGACCUUGUCCUGUCCCCUGACUCAAGGCCGAACUCCAGCCCAGAGGCCUGCCAGGAGGGAGCCGGGUGUGGGCAGACUCAACCUUGUGCUGUCUGGGUGGGGCUCACCGGGAUCAGAGGCAGGCUGGCUGGGACUCUGCGAGCUCUCUGACGGUCCCUUGGUCAGAGGCUGAGAAGGAAAGGGUUACCUGCUGCAGGCAACGGUCCCCGGAGUGUGGAGACAGGUUGGACAGUUGAGGCACCAGUCAGCUCAGACCCCCUUCCCUGUCCCUGAGAUGUCAUAUCCCCCUCCACACUGGGCCCAACUGGAAGGGACCCAGCACAGGGCUUAGGGUAUGGGCAGCGUGAGGACCCACCCCCAUCCUGCCCCACUGCAUAGUCCCAGCUCGGGACUCCUGGAGACGCUGGUGGUGUGAGGAGUGCUGUCCAUGCCUUUUCCCAGGUGGGGCCAGGCUUUGUCAGGGACACGGAGCCCUGCCUCUGCGGUUCCGCGUUCCCACAGGGAACAGUGAGCUCACGAGGGGAGUGGAUCCCCCGUUUCUUAGGUCCUUAGUCUGACAGGGAGUUAAGCCGCCGUCUGGUCAGCUGUGGAGCGCUGGGGUAAUGGAUGGAGGUGGCUGCGUCUCCUUGUUCCCUGGGAGCUGGGAAGAGCUCUUUGUCCUUGGACAUUGAAACGGAUGGGAUAGGGUCUAGAACUUUCCUCUUUGGUCCCCUUCGUCCCCCCCCUCCCCAGCUUCCAUGGGAGAGCAGAAUUCUAGCCCCUUCUAGAAUGAUUGCACGCACACGUGGUGUGUUUGUGUGUCCGUGCCCGAGUGCGUCUGUGUGUGUCUGUGCCUGAGAGUGUGUGUGUCCAUCCGUGUCUGUAGCACUGUGCACAUCUCUGGGUGAUUGUGUGCAGGAGUAUGAGCCCGAGCACAAGCCUAGUCUCUGUGGGUGACCGUCAGUGUGCACUUUUCUUCUUAAUGACGUCAUCAUCAUCAUCAUCACCAUCAUCAUCACGGACUGCUGGGUUGUCAGGCCAGGCUACAGUUAGACCUUCUGGUACCCAACCAGCGUGCCUGCCUUCCUGGCCUCCUCAAGGCUUCUGUCUGAAGAGAGUUGCUCUGGUUUCCAGAACACGCUUCCGUGGCAUCUGCUGGGUGUUGCUCCUUAAUUGUCCCAUCUGUGCAGAGUCUGUUGACCCCAACUAGACUGUGAGUCUCUCCCCCUCUGAGCCCCUCCUCCGCUCUUGCUGGCAUAAGGGAGAUGCCAUCCAACCAGGUGGGAUGGAUUCCAUUAGCCAGUGGUCCUUGGCCCUGGCUAUAGACCGACCCUCUAGGGGUCCCUGAGGGUGGGGUUGUGAUCUAAUGGUAUCAGGAUGCAGCCUGGCAUUAGAAACACUGAGAAGUAUCUUAGCACAACCCAGAGGGUAAGCUCAGAUGCUCUCGACUCCAGGGUCUCUGGGCCAGUGCGGUGCUGGAGAAACAGCUCCAUGCCUUCUUCUGUGGGGUUCCUACCCACCCUGUACCUGCUCCCCCACAUCCACCCAUUGUCCUGGCUGCUCUAUUGGGGGGAUCGUCUCCUGUCUCCUUUUCAGCUCUGUAUCUCAGAGCCAGACACGGGAAAGGUGCACAGUGUGGGUUGGCCCCACAUUCCAGAAUCUUCCCUGUGGUGAGAGCAGCCAUGCCUGAGGGUGUGUGGCCUGGGCUUACAACGCCUGUCUGCUAAGAAUCCUAUGCUUGGAGCGGGGGUGUGCACGUCUGUGCGAGCCCAUGGCGUGCAGGGGCUGGGGUGUCCAAUGCGUGUGUGCUGGAAGCACUUAGGUGUGUGCAGGGCUGGGAGCCUAAGUAUGGCUAAAGGUAGGAGCUUUCUGCCCGUGGGUGCCUGUGAAUCAGCAUUCCUGUAUGUGUCUUGUAGGUCAGCGUUGGGAUAGAUGACCUGUGACCACCGCAGUCCCGGGAGACUAGGCUGCCGGGGUCUAGCGUUUCUCUUCAGUGGCAGCCUCACCCUCUGUGUUGAGGGACAGAGGAAAAUUGUGGCCUUAAAACAGGGAUCCCAGAGUCAGCUCACAGGGUUCUGGGGCCCUCUUACCCCGGGCUCCUGCAGGUUAGUGUCUUUCAGGAUGGGGGAUUCUCAGCUUGAGGGUCCUACCCCCGGGGGCGGGACCACAGGUGAGCUCUGGGGAUGUCAUUCAUCUGAAAACCACGCCCGCCUGCUCCUCCCGGCACAUUCCCCCCAUCGUUCCUCCUUUCCCAUUCUCCGUCUUUCUCUGUUCUGUGGGAGCACCUGUUCAGGCUAGCGGGGGCCAGAGCGAGCCUCAGACACGCCGGCCUGUCAAGGCACAAAUGCAGAGGCUGCAGUGGGGAGGGGCAGGGCUGGCUCAAGCCUUGGAAGCCAGUGCCGCAGCCCUGGGGGCCACUGCUCCCAGGAACCUCUCACCUGACUGACUAGCUACAGGCAGCUGAGUGGAACUGACCCUUCCUUCUCUCACCUGACUGACUGACUAGCUACAGGCAGCUGAGCGGAACUGACCCUUCCUUCUCUGGGUCCCAUCCAUGCUGCUGGGCCUGUCACACAUGUGGCAGGUGUCAUGGGGAUUUUUAAUUUUUUAUAUUUUGAGAAAGAAACCACCUCCCUGUCCUAUUCUGGCCUCUUCUCCCAGAGCACAGUGACUCCCAGUCCGUGGACAGCACGGAUGCCGCGUGGCAGCUGUCAUUCUCUGUCAACACUGGCCGCAGCCACUGCUCCAGACAGAGGAGACUUUGUUUACCCUGCUGCCCGCUGCUGUCUGCACAGGAGGCUGGGCUGGGAACCAAGGCUAGCAGAUGCUGGUGUUCUCAUCCCCCUGACAUCCUCCCCAGGACCAGGAAGGUGGUGAAGGACAUGCAGUGUCCUUGGGUUUUCCUCUUCUUGCAGCUCCUUGGGGCUGGGGGUGGGGGUGGGUUUCCAGGGAAUGUCCUAGGAGUGUGAUGAGGUACCCUGUACUGGGGAGUUUCUACAGGCCAGUGGCUGAGCUCAGAUUCUGGCUGCAUUCUGUUCUGUCAGUUCUCUGUGUGUGUGUGAGCAGGUGUGCCUGUGUGUGUGUGUGUGUGUGUGCAUGAGUGUGCAUGUGUGUGUGUCUGUGUGUCUGCGUGUGUAUGGGCAGAAGGACCACUCUUUUCAGAGAUCUCUUGACCCUUAACACUGGAAGGGAUCUUAGAGGCGUCUGACCCAGUGUGCCCGUUGAACAGGUGAGGAAACUGAGGUUCAGAGAGAUGGCACCUGCCCAUCCCCAUCCCCCUCCCUUGCGUGUGUGGCCUGCCUUCAUUGCCCAGGGCCCCUGUUGGAAAUGCUCUCCCUCCUAACGCCUUCCUCCCUCCACCCAGACACCCUGUUUCCCUCCAUCUCAGCCCAGUUGGGCAGGAGGGGGAGUGCUCCAGGGCAUCCUCAGGCACCACCAUCCUCUGCCCCAGGGCGGCUGCUCAUCAUGUCCUUAUCCCCGGCCCAUAAGGGACAGGAAAGAGGGACUGUUGGAGUCCUGGGGCCUCAGGGAUGGGAGGAAUCCCUUCCCAUAUGCCCAGGCCCAUAUGUCUGCCCUGCUCACCCUGCCACCGAGGUAAAAGCACAACAGGAGACCCCCACUCACGGGUGACAUGCCUUGGGGUCGCCUUCAGUCUCACGACCCUGCCUCACCCCUUUGCCUUGCUCUCCGUCUCCACCCAGCCUCUGUCCCCCAUCACCAAUCUUUCUCUCUUCCACAAACCCCAAAAUGUAACCUCUAGUUGCGGCCGCGGUUGUUUCAAUCAAUAAAGAUGCAGUGUUCUAGAA